CCGAUAUUAUACCAGCUGAUUACUCAGGCAUAUUGUCUUUCUUGUUCUUUUUGCUCCAUUUGAACCAGGUAACAUUUAAUGUGUGUUUUACUCAUCAAUAGAAGCACAAGUAAACAUAAACAUGCUCUGUUGAGUUUAAUAUUAGAACCAUGGAUAUCGUCGCCGAUAGGGACGUGACCUAUCACUUUCGUGACAUAAACAAGGACCUCGUUAGUGCCGUGGAAGUGGCGUUUGAGGAAUAUGGGGACAAGUUCAAGCCGUCUGUAGGCGAUGUAUUUCUUGACGCCCCAGCUGCUGACGCCAUUGUAUGUACAGCCAACAGCUUUGGCAUCAUGGGAAGUGGUGGCAUUGAUAAGGCCUUCAUCGCCCAUUUUGGACAGUCAAUACAGGACGAGGUGUUUGAAAUCAUACGGGACGAACACGACGGGGAACUGCUUGUUGGCCAAGCAGCCAUCGUGUCUGGCAUAAAGUGCAUCAAGCCAGACAUACACAAGUACAACCAGGGCGACCCCAUCCAUCACGUGAUCAUGGUGCCCACCAUGAGGGUCCCACAAGGCGUCUCCCAGACACCUAACGCUUAUCUGGCACUGCGAGCUGUCAUUCUAGCGAUAAGAAACCACAAUAGAAAAAACACCGGCCAUCAGAUCAAGGAGGUCAUUUUACCUGGACUGGCCUCACGUGGUGGUCAAAUGCCCAACACCAGAUGUGCAUAUCAAAUGCUGCAAGCUUAUGAAACCCAUGUGCUUGGAAAAUCUCAUUUCCGGUUAAGCCCCAAAAACCUGACGGAAAUUGUAACAGACCAUAACAAUCUUUGCCAGAAAACUUAAAACAGAGGCACCAGGAUGGAGCAAAUGAGCGGACACCAUGUAUACAUAUUUUACCCAGCAAAAAGCUUUCAUUCAUUAUUAUUGCUCUUUAAAAAUAUAAAUAUACGAAAAAAAUAUGUAUGAUAUAUAUAUAUAUAUAUAUAUAUAUAUAUAUAUAUAUAUAUAUAUAUAUAUAUAUAUAUAUAUAUAUAUAUAUAUAUAUGAUUCUACGUCGAUCGUCUGUUGCAGGAAUGUAAAACAAAUCCUUGUCUUUAUUAUAUUUAAGCAAUGGUGUGUGGGUGUGCAGUGUUAGUAUUAGUAGCCUGUGUUUAGAAAGAAAUUCUUUGGCUUUAAGUUUGUUUAUCUA